AUGGCAGAGUCAGCUCAUAGCUCGCUCGCCAGUGGUGGCCAGCAUGAUGACCCCGCGUCCAAGCCCCAUCUUGCUUCUACUGGGCUUGAGAAUCAGGAAGAGGGAAAUGCCCGAGAGGGUGAUUAUGACGUUGAGACGGUAGAGCGUAUCUACAGAAAGAUUGAUCGUCGUAUCAUUCCUGCUUUCUGGGUCCUCUACUUCCUUUGCUCAGCCAUCAGGUCCAACAUUGGAAUUGCUCAAACCAUGAACAAGGACAAGGGACACGAUCUCAUGACUGUCCUUGGAAUGACUCCAAAGGAUGUCUCGACUGCUCUCGCCCUCUUCUACGUCGCAUAUGUCAUCUUCGACUGUCCCUCCAACCUCAUCAUGAGCAAGCUCAGCCCUCGUCUUUGGAUGGCACGCAUUGUCUUUGCUACCAGUGUUAUUGGUACUUGCUUUGCUGCUGUCAACGAUCCUUGGAGCGUCAAGUUGCUGCGAUUCUUGCUUGGACUCGUCAUUGCUGGCAUGUGGCCUGGUAUGGCCUUCUAUCUCACUUUGUUCUACCCUCCUUCGCGUACUGGACAGCGAAUCGGCUAUUACUUCACUGCUUCUCAAGUUUCUGCCGCCGUUGUUGGUCUCGUGUCUGCAGGAUUCCAACUCAUGGAUGGAGAGAGAGGCAUUGUGGGCUUCCGUUGGAUGUUUAUGGUUUAUGGUCUUGUCGGUGUCGUUCUGAGCGUUAUCCUCCUGUGGUGGCUCCCCGACCGUCCUCUUGCACCUGGCCAAACCAGACCCAAGACUGGUAUCUUCAAGUGGCUCCCUGCUACCCCUGAAGUUCUCAAGGGUCAAGACGCUGUUAUCCACUACCACGACCUUCGACGUGUUUACCACGCUCGACCCUGGAACUUUAGGGACUUAGGUCUUGUUCUGAUCGAUUGGCGUCUCUGGCCCCUGACUAUGAUGUAUUUCGGUGUUGUCGGCGUCGGCAUAGGUACCCAGAUGUACGGAUCCGUUAUCAUCGCAUCCAUCAGACCUGAGGCUAGCGGCGUCGAAGUGAGUCUGCUCUUUGCGCCAAUCUGGAUUAUGGAUCUCAUCGCCAUUCUCAUCGUCACUCCUAUCUCAGACCGCUUCCACCGAUCUCGCCCUUACUUCUUCUCCGCUGCUGUCUGCAUCCAGAUUUCCGGUCUUCUUACAACCACUCUGGCAACUAACAACGGCUGGGCGCGAUAUGGAGGUCUUCUUAUGGUCGGUUUCGGUCUUGGUCCUACUGUCCCCAUCUGCAUGGCCUGGAGCUCUGAGAUCUUCCAAAAGCGCCAUGGUGAAGUCGGAGUUGCUGCUGCGACUGCUCUCGUUUCUGGUCUCGGCAACUUGGGCAGUGUCAUGACAACUUAUGCUCUUUACACUGGCUGGCCUGAGGACGCCGCCCCCGGCCCUCACCAGUACCGCAAGAGCAACUAUACCAUGAUUGGAAUUCUGUGCAUGAGCAUUCUCAGCUCGUUCGCGAUGAAGGCUCUUCUCACAUACUUUGGUAACCCAGCCAGCAGCAAGCUUCAGUCAGACUCGGCUAGUGAGUUUGAAGAUGGCGCAGCCCGACGAGAGGGUCAGGAGCGUGGUUUCCGAUCUCUUCCUUGGAAGAAGUCGAGCCGCGUUUAA